GAAGACUUGAACAUAUACACAGAGUAACUUCAAGUUGAAGCUGUGGAGCUCAUUGUGUCUCAGCAUAGCCACGUGGUCCGUUUCCUCACAGCCUCGUGUGCAUCUCAUUCCCAAGCCACAUCUUUCUGGGCGUCUGCAUAUGGCGAAUCAUGACAAUCCAUUUAAAGCUGUUUUCAAUGCCUAUUGUCGGCUCCCACACGAUGAGCUCGUGCUUUUCCUCAAAGUUCGCAACCUGCCAACAUCGGGCGCGGACAUAGAACUUGCAUCCAGAUUAGCCCAGCACGAUUUCCACACCUAUCAUUUUCCAACGAUCUCUAGUGAUGCCCCAAUGUCUCUUAUGGACAAAGGGAAAGAUACGAGGACCACAGAACGUCCUGUAGACCUACCCGUCGAAGUUCUGGCUGAGAUCUUUGAUCAUCUUGGUGAUUGGGAGCUCUCUCGGGCAUUGGGCAUUCCUACGUCCUUGUCUCCUCCAAGCGAUUGGAGCAACCCUACACCCAUCGACCUCUCUAUGCUCACGGGUUACGUUCCUCUGAUCCGUGCAGCAGACCCUGCAGCUAAUCCCCCUUCAAGCCACGGCGCUAUUGCGUCCGUGCGAUUUGGUUACGUCAAUGUGCUGGAAUUUUUUGUUACACAAUAUCGCCCCGUAUUCCUGUCUAUCUUCAAAGAUGAUUUGAUCCCUUUUCACGCAUCAAAGCACGGUCGCAUAGACGUGCUGUCGUGGUGGAAACAUGGCUUCGAGCAACAUCCAGAUUUAGUGAAUCCCCCCAAACCUGGGUCUAUUGCUCGUGCCAUUGACAGAGCCUCUCGUAGUGGCCAAGUAGAGUCUCUGGACUGGUGGGUGACUUCUGGGCUCCCGCUGGACUACACAGAAGCUGCUCUUGAAGGCGCUAGUGCAAAAAAUCGCAUUGAUGUCCUGGAGUGGUGGAAGUACCAGCAUCUCGCCAAUAAUCUGCCCCUGAAGGUCGGGCGUGUCAUGGAGUUAGCAAGUCAAGCGGGGCAUGUGGAUACCCUUAAGUGGUGGGCGACGUCGCAGCUGGAGUAUACGUAUGACCGUCAUGUCAUGCACCAUGCCAGCUGCGUGGGGAAGGUGGAGGUUCUGCAGUGGUGGCUCGGAAGCGGGCUACAGUUUAUUUUUGACCAGGAUGUGCUGACCGGUGCAACACGGCAUAACCGAAGCGAAGUGCUGGAGUGGUGGGAUCAGAGUGGGUUACCGAUUCAAUAUCGUAUGUGCGACAUCGAAGAAGCGCUUGAGGAUGCGAUUGGCGGUGGGGACAAAGCAAGGAGGUGGUGGAAGAAUAAGGGUGUGGAUUUUAAUGCAAACGACAAGGAGUGGAUGAAGCUGCAAAAUUUGAACUAGCUGGCGUUUUUAGAGUCAUUCACGAGUCAUUCACGAUACUCAAGGUAACAUUCAUGUACUGGCAAGUCAUACCAUAUUUACUUACGACCUAAGUGCUUCGAGACUGUCAUUCUUUUUGUACGUGUUGAGUCUGUUGUUCCGGAUUCGUUGUGUAGGUCCAAUUGUGUGAACACACAAGGCUAACUGUAAUCCAUAAAUUAUGCGUGCCAGAGAUACCGAUAACCACUGUAGAACUAACGACACGUCGGCUUGGUGUACCUCUCCCCAGUGUUGUCACUGGGCAUGUAAAUGCCUAAAUGCGGAGCCAUUAAGAACAUGAAUCUUGAAGCAGUCGGAGUGGAC